AUGAAAAAUGUCGAUUUCAGUGACGUUCCAGUUAAUGUGAAAUCAGGUUGGCCCGUUGCACAUUCAGUGCUUCUAAACAACGGCCUUGCGCCAGUGUAUAUGUCCUGUAAUACCGUACCAACCUCUUCUUCUUCUCCGACUCCUUUGUAUUCGGAUCACGGUCGUCCCAUAAUGGCACCAAAUCUGGCACAACGAGCCCCGUUGCCAAUGUCUAGUAACGACCUGUUUGUACAUAUACAGACCGGUGAAGUACUCUCGAUAUUAGUCGGUAAUGAUGUUCAACAUAUUGCUGGACCUGCCACCGUUCGAAUGGUAAAUCAAGCAGGUAUGUCCCCAUCAGCCCUUCCACUACAUGUGCCACCUGGUCAUAUGGUGCAACAAAUAGUUGAUGAACAGGGUAUUCUACGUCAUCUAAUUUUAUCUCCGGAAACAACGCCCACGUCACGUAUUAAUGCGGUAUGCACAAGUGCACCGUCAACAAUAAAUACCACUCCUUCAUCGAAUCCAAUCAGUAAUAAUCAAAUGAAAACUUAUUUGCAUCAGUCACCAUCGCCACCUGUUGUUCCACCUUAUCCUCCACCCAAUAUACCGUUUACGGCACCCAGUAAUACUGCUGAUCUUAAUGAAGAGGGUAUGGUGCGUAAAAGCUGGGUGCCACACGGUAAAAAAGCCUCAUCGUCAUUGUCUGCAACACAUUUGAACGGUGCACAUUUAAUUCAUGUGCCGUACGCUACUGCUGAUGAACAUGAACAAAGUCAGUCGGGUGCAUCGGCAAAUGAAGAAGAGGAAUGGGAAAGGCUUAUUGAAAUGUUAUCGCGAAUGCAACCUCCUCAGAUUUUACGAGUUGCCGCAAAAGAAGCGGACAUUUCAUGGCAAGAAUUGGAUACAUCCGAAGCAUCGGCGAAUGGUGGACCCUUCCCCCAAAUUGACGCAUCUGAAUUUACUUAUGAAAUUGUUCUUUUCGAAAGUGUACAAAAUGGUCGUAUUGUUAGUAGUUAUAGAUGUGAGCCGGAUUCGGGCAAUCGUGUACGUUUAUGUCGUCUACGACCAAAUACAGAUUAUUAUGUGCACUUGCGGGCCUCGUUAGAAGAGCGAUGUCUACAGGGAAGUCCGUCGUCAGCAGUCAAGUUCAGAACAUUGUGUACUGUACCCGAAUGUCCUCAACCACCGCGUUUGAUAUCAAAAACGCAACACUCAUUAACUAUCGCAUGGCGUCCGGCCAUCGAUAAUGGUUCACCGAUCAUUUUAUAUCGAAUUCAAAUUGCUGUCGAUAAAAAUGAAGAGGAGAACGAAAAUGACUAUGAAGUGGUAUAUGAAGGAUUAUCGGAACAGACAACAAUAAAAGGACUUUUAUCAUCAACCCGUUACAAAAUACGACUAAUCGCAAUCAACAGUGAAGGUGAAUCACAACCGAGUGCAUCAUUUACUAUUGUCACAUGUCCAAUACAUCCUCCCAAACAACCUCUACCCCCGAAACUUGUCUCGUUGUCAUCAAAUACUGUCAAAUUAUCAUGGGUUGACAUCCCUCAACAUUAUUAUACGUUAGAAAUGUCAGAUGCAACAAGAUCGAAAGAAUUCACGUCUGUCUGUGAACGAGCCCAGCAAUCUUCUGCAAAUAUCACUGACCUUUCUUCGAACCAUGUCUAUCAUUUUCGUUUGAUAGCACAUAACGAUGCAGGUGCGAGUGACGUAUCAGAAGCUUUAAUUGUCCGCAUACCACAAAUUAAUAAUAGCGACACCAAUGAAAAUAACAAUAAUAAUGGCAACAGUAAUAAUAUAACACCGCCUGAUUCACCGUUGAAACCAUUUAUCAUCUCAAAUGUUAAAUCAAGGGUUGAAAUUGGUUGGAAUAAACUUAAAUCAAAUGGCAAUAAUAAUAAUGUAAAUUUUGUACUGGAGGGGAGUUAUAAUGAGCAACAAUGGAAUGUUCUUUAUAAAGGCAGUGCGACGAGUGCACUUGUCAGAGAUGGUCAGCUGAACACAUUCCGUGUAGCUGCAAUUAGGAAACAAAUUCAGAGUGAAUGGAGUGAAAUAUUGAAAAUCAAGAGAGAACAACCAACGUCGUCGUCUUCAUCGAAGCAACAACAACAGCAAAUGGUUUCAGUUGGUAAAUGUUCAAAACCAAAAAUAAAUGAAGUAUCCAAAGGAUGUAUUCGGGUUGAAUGGCAAUCGCCACUACAAAAGCAACAACAAAAUCUAUUAUCCCGUUAUGAUAUUAGCUAUCAGUUACGGCGCAUUAAUGUUCAACCAACGAAAAUCCUAUAUCAGGGUGAGUCAACAUCUUUCGAUAUAAAGGAGUGUAAAGCAGGAGAUGAGUUCGAAUUGGAUGUACGUGCGAUAUUGGCCGAGAGAGAUGGUGCCUCGAAGAGGAUUUUUGAGGGAGAGUGGAGUGAUAUGGCAGCUCUAAGUAUCCCAAUACAAGCUCCAUCGCCGCCACAAGAUAUCUCAUUAGAUUCGAAAUUUAUUAUUCAUUGGAAUAAACCUGCUAAUGAUAACGGUGCAUCUAUCACUCAAUACCUUAUUGAACGCACUCUUCUUAAAUCGUCAUCUACAAGUGCAAAGUCAACUACGCGAAAUGAUGAAAAAGCCGAAGAGAAAGAAGAAAACGGAUGGAUGAAACGAUAUAAACGUAGCGAUGAAUCGAACGAGGAAUAUGUUGGUGAUGGUAAGCCGGGCUGUAGAUAUCAAUUGUGUGUGUACGCGAUUAACCAGGCUGGUACUAGUUUACCGUCCGAGUGUGUUUAUGUCACUAUACCAACGAUGCCACCGUCGAUACCGCAAUCUUUUAGUGUUGCACCUCAAGGCUGCAGGCAGCUGAGGGCAUCAUGGCGGGCAGCGCCUUGCAAUGGUAGUGAAGUAAUUGAAUAUGUAAUAAAUGUUAUUGAUGAGAAAAAGGGUGAGCAGAUACGUACGAUACGAAUCGCAGAUGAUUUUGAGUGUUCUAUUGAUGGUCUUGAAUCUGAUCAUAUGUAUAAAAUUGACAUAAGUGCUGUAAAUAGCGUUGGUAAAGGAGAAGUCGCAACAUGCGUCGUCAGUACACUUCCACCGCCUCCACCACCACCCCAGUUAAUAUGUUCUGAAGCUGGUCCUAGUUAUUUGAAACUCAAAUGGAAACAUUCUCCCAACAUUUGUAUGAAUACAACGCCGUCUCUCUAUUAUUAUCUUGAGAAAGAAAACGAUAGUGGCAAAUUCUCGCCUAUCUAUGAAGGCGAUAAUCGUUAUGCGAAAGUGCGCAGUCUGAAUGAGAACAGUAAGUAUCGUUUUCGGAUUCGUUGUUUAUCACGUGAAAGUGGAAUGGGUGAAUGGUCGUCCGCAUAUGAAUUCGAAACCGAGCAACAUCCGCCACCAACAAUACGUGGUAACAUAAUCGUGAACGAAAUAUCCAGUAACAAUUUCCAAGUGGAAUGGCCGCCGCUUAAGUCGAUUUCAUCGUUGUCAUCAUCAUUGAAUAAAAAUAACGAUAUCAACAGUACCAGUGAUCAUUUAUUCUAUCGAUUACAGUUAUCAAAUCGUUCAAAUCCUACUUCGAAAUCAUCGACAAAUUGGAAAACGGUUCACUAUUUGAAUUUUGAUUUUGUUGGGCAAACAUUAGUCAUUUGA